UAAUGCCAUACAAAAACGCGGGUGCGCUUAGUAAUUUGGACCCCGUUAUUUUUUCUCUUUUACCAAAAAGGCAAAUUUCCUCCCGUUACUCUCUCCAGAAAGAAUUCACCCGUACGGCAAUGGAGGAACAGCUACCGUCUGAGAAAUCAAACCCUAACCGUAAUCCGAAUAAGGUGUCAAAUUCAGCAAAUGCAAAGAAGAAUAAGAAGAGCGAAUUCGAGUUCUGCAAAGUUUGCAACCGAAAUCACGACGAAGGGCAGCGACACAAGUACUUCCCAAGCCACACCAAGUCACUCUCUAAGUUUCUCUCCAGAGUCCAAUCUAAAAUCACGGAAAUUCGGUUCUUCUUGAAGGACCCUGCCAUCCUCCGCAACGAACACGCUUUUCGUAAUCGCUUUUGGUGCGUUUUUUGCGACUGCGAUAUCGACGAGCUCGGAAGCUACUUUGCUUGUAAUAAUGCAAUUAAUCACUUAGCAAGUGUGGACCAUUUGAAGAAUUUGAAGCACUUCUUGUGGAAAUACGGCAGUGGAAUGGAUCGCAUGGAUGCUUUUAGGAUUUCGGAAACUGAUUUAGCCAGGUGGGAGAAGAAGUGCAAAUCAUUGGAGACUGGAGCUGUGCCCUCUUGUGAAGGAUCUCGGGGAGCACUAUUUGGACCUUCAAAUAAUAUCCACAAUGAACUCAGCUUUGAAAAUAUGAAUAACUUUGAAAACAAUAAUGUUCAGCCUCUUUAUUCAAACAUUUCAAAUGGUGUUAUACCUUUACAGUUUCAUACAAAUGAGUAUCAGGUAUCUCAUUCUGGACUCUCUGAAGUUGCAAAUAUUGGUUCACAUUUGCAUGCUGUUACAUCUCUCAUGCAUGGAGAUGCUUCCUCUGGUUCAAUUUUAGGGAAUUUAAAUGGCAUGACAGGCACAAACCGUUCAGGCAAUAUCUACCUCGGCAGAGAAGAGGUGCAUCAGGUGUCUGAGGAUGAAAGAGUUAUUAAUAGAGUGAUCAAUUCUCAGGGUUUGCAGAAUAUAACUCAAAUUUCUUCUAUGGCUCCACAAGAGGCUGCAGGAAAUGUGCAUUCUGGGGCACCUCCUCCAUGGCUUGAUGCAACUGAAGGAGAUCAGCUAAAACAAGUUUUAAGUGGCUUUGUUCCUUCCAAUAAGUCUGGGAAGUCUAAGUUGAACCCCAAAAGGGUGGGAGCUGCUUGGGCAGAAAAGAGAAAGAUGGAGAUGGAAAUUGAGAAGAGAGGAGAGAUUGCCAAGAGUGAGUUUGAUUCUAACUGGCUUCCUAAUUUUGGUAGAGUAUGGCAGUCAGGUUCUCGAAAGGAAUCUAGAAAGGAAUUUGAAAUUGAAAGGAAAAAACAACCAAAAGCUCAAAAUCACACUGAGAUGUCAAUGAAGAUUCAGCCUUAUAUCAGUAAACGAAUGCGAAGAGAUGCAAAUGAAGAUUGUGGUGGUAAUCCCCGUGUGAAUGAAUGAUGGCUUUGUUACGAUAUCCUUUUUGGGAGGUUUGCUUGUGUAUUAUGACUAAUUUUUGGCAUCCAAGUUUGUCUUAGAUCUAACAGAGGGAAAAUUUUGGGAAAGGGAUUGUGGUGAAUGGCACAGAGCGGAAUUAGGAGGUUAGUGUUAUUGAUUAUAGGAUGAACAAGAACAGUUAAAGGUAUUUUUUUAUUAAGAUGCAUCUCAUUACCAUAUUUUUCAUGAAUAAAACAGAGGGCCAUUUUGAACUUUUCUAUCCAAUGUCAUGUAAAUAGCUGUUGUAUCCUGACUUGCACCUUGAAACUGUGAGCUAUGACACAAAAAUGGUAAAAAGAGUCGUUGUUAAUGUUUUGAAGGGCCAGGAUGAAUGACCCUUGUUUUUAAAUUUUCGGUAACAAAGAUUUCAAUCUAUAUGUGCCA